AUGACAAUCGAUUCUAUAUCGUCAGACGGGUGUGAGCACCACAUGGAAAGUGAUGUAGAACUACAAGAUUAUUAUGACAGGCUAUUGUUUUCCGAAACUAAUGCUCCACUCGAGACAAACUUUGUUGACCUACAACAUGGCAAAAAUGAUAUUUGUAUCGACUACUCAGUUUCUGUUUGUGGAUUUCACAGGUUGUCUAAAGGUUUAAAAUCAUGUAUGCAUGAAAAUGAAAGUUUUAUAGGUCUAAAUGGCAAGGAAGGGACCCAUAAUUUUUCAAUUGCGUCUGAUUCCUCGAAAGCGACAGAAUCUAAAGAAAGUUUAUCCAAAUUAUCAAAUCCUAAUACAGCGGUUAAAAGAAAAAUACAAUUUAACAAUACCACUACUGCAGUUACAACGUUUAAAGAUACUAUUUGGACGGACUAUAGUUUGAAUAUAUUGCCUAUCUUUAGGUCAUCCACAAAUAUGACUGCUCAGACGUUUCGUUCCUCAGGGUCUUGUCAACAAAACGAAUACAUUGAAAAUAAAAGACAGCCUGCGUCCAAUAUGAUUUCGAAAAGUUCUAACAACUUAUCCUCUUUGCUGGAUCCAACCAUAAAUUCAAGUUCGGAUGAAGUAAGUCUUCCUGUCGCUGACAUCAAGGAGGAUAAUUAUCUUUCAGAAUCAUCGGACAUAUCAGUUGACAGUUUGUUCCAACAUGACAGCGUUAAGCUUUAUAAUCCUUUCGAGAAUGUUCCACAACAUUUUGGCAUUGGCCACAAUUUUAAUUGUAGCGAUUCUUUAGGAAACAGCCUUUUUAGUCAAGAAAGGGAUAAAGAUAACCAAACCCAAUCUAUAAAAACAACUGUAAUCACUGGAAAACAAAACAUUCAAAAUUAUCUGAGACCUGCUGCACAGGACGUGCAAUAUCUGUUUGAUCAUACACACAAUGGAAAAGCUUUUAUUGUUAAAAAAGAUGGUAGAAACAUCCCAAAUAUUCAAUUAAGAUUGCUUUACCAGCAAUAUGGACAGGAUUAUUUUUAUAGUGAGGAUAUAUUUUGCUUUGUGGAUUAUUUGAAAAAGUUGAUCUUAGAUGACACUACCAAUGAAAAAGAUUCUCCAAAGAAGAUGAAUAUACGAAAAUUUGUACAAUUCUUGAAAGAGUGCGACAGCAACCCAUAUUUAUCUGGUGUACAUUAUAUUUCUAAUAAGAGAAGCAACAAUGUGCGUGAAAGACCAAAUGAAAGUGUACGAGCCAGUGUUGUCCUUGCUGCGACAAAGAGAGGAAGACUAGUUCUAUUAUCGAGAGUAGAAGACCAAGAUCUUCAACUAUGUAGGGGCGAUGUUACUAUUAUUGAAGGCGACCGUGGUAAAGAUAUGGCGAUAAUAGUGGAGCCAGAAGUUGAUUUUCAUUUGGCUUUAUUUAUGCAUUUCAUGAUUAAGAAAAUUAGUACAGAUGCUAUUAUAAAUCCGUACGAUAACCACCAUCCUAGCUAUUCAUUUAUCGAGGAUUUAAUGGAAGAUAGAAAACUACAAACAAACAAGCUCCCGGGUUUUUACGAUGUCCUGAACCUUACCCAGUUUGUCCUGCCUCCAAAAAGAGUACUAAGUUUUGCUAACGUCAAAGAUAUAACUAUAAAAUUAAGACAGAAAAAGCUGGAUGAAGAAGUAGCACAACAUGUAGUAAAUGAAAAACUAGAAAAAGUGAACCAACGUACAUAUUUGAAAAAUGGUAUUCCUGGCUAUAUCGGCUUCAAUAUUAUGGAUGUGGAGUAUCAAUUCAGUCCACAAAAGGUUAUUCUGCGAUAUUAUACCAAGGAAAGAAAAGAGUUUGGUCCCCUAACUCGAGAAUUGUUCAAAUAUUUUAAAACAAGAAUUUGGUUCGAUGCACUGCCAAACAAUGUCUGUUAUCAGAGAAACUCAAACAGUCAUCACAUUCAAAUUUAUCAUACAUUGAUAGACACAUUAUUUAGCAAUUAA